GUUAACGAUAUUGAUAACGUUAUCGGGUGUUAAAGGCGACGAGCUGAUACACCGGAUCUUCACUAUGGUCGAUAAUUCGUUAAAGAUAUCAGAUUAGAUUUUGUUGUAUUUUAUUACCAUAUAUUUUAAUUAUGGAUGAGGAAGACCCGAGGGUUUUGAUUCCCGAAAUUUGCAAGCAGUUUUACCAUUUAGGAUGGGUAACCGGAACAGGUGGAGGGAUGAGCAUCAGAAAAGGGAACCAAAUAUAUAUUGCUCCUUCUGGUGUUCAAAAAGAAAGGCUUCACAGUGAAGAUCUUUUUGUUCAGGACCUAGAAGGUAACGAUCUUGAGUUGCCACCGGCGAAAAAACGGCUGAAAAAAAGCCAAUGUACUCCUCUUUUCAUGUGUGCUUACAAACUGAGAGAUGCUGGUGCUGUAAUUCACACGCACUCGAAAGCCGCCGUUAUGGCAACCUUGCUCUGGCCUGGUAAUGAGUUCAGUGUCACCCAUCUGGAAAUGAUUAAAGGAAUUAGAAAUGACAAAUUAAAACGCUGUUACAAUUACAAUGAAAAACUGGUUGUUCCUAUAAUUGAAAACACACCUUGGGAAGAAGAUCUGACUGAAAGCUUGGCUCAAGCUAUCAAAGAUUAUCCAUCGACAACAGCCGUCUUGGUUAGACGUCAUGGGAUAUAUGUGUGGGGUGACACAUGGAAAAGUGCAAAGACUCAAUGUGAAAGCUAUGAUUAUUUGUUUGAUGUUGCUGCACAAAUGAAAAGAUAUGGCUUAAAUCCAAGUGAAGCACCAAAAUAAUAGAAGAGUCAAGUAAAGGAUUUGAGUGAGAACUUUUAAAUCCGAUUAUUAGUUUUUACUUGUUAAAUUGUAAUUGAAAAUUGGGGAGUUGAAAAUACACUGUAUAACUGCAAAUCAACAAUGUUGUUCAAUGGUUCCUAUUGGGAACAUAUUUUUAAAUUAUGUAUCUUCUCUUCUUUUUUCUAUUUUUAUUAUUGUUGAGUCCUUAUCCAUUUGUACCUGGGGAUAUUUUUACAUGUUUAUAUUAAGUUUUGAGCUUGGAAAAUAAUCGCUUCCAUUGAUUUUAAA